AUGCGCUCGCGUCGUGUCGCGCUCGCGACUGGUGGAAUCAAUGCUACGCUAGUUCCAGAGAUCGAGUCUUGGCUCGACACCCUUGAUGACAGCGGCAAAUGGCCGGACUCCGAGGUCGACUACACCACUGGCUGCGACGGACGCCGUGCGAAUUGGCCGGCGGAGGAACACUGGGUCCGCAUUCAAACACUCGCGGCCGCGUGGCGCGGCGGAGUACCUGGGGCGGAUGUCUAUGUGAACAGCACCACUAUACUCGCCGUGGCGUCACGCGCGAUGGACUUCUGGUUUACAGACGAUAUGCCCAACCUCGACUGCCUGUACGCUGGAGGCAGCGGCAACUGCCCAUGUGGCACUCCUGGUUUCUGGAACACCAACUGGUUCCCCAAUGUGAUCGGCGUGCCGGUGCUCAUCGGGGACACAUGCCUCAUCCUGGGCAACGACACCCUCUCUGACACACAAUACGGCAACUGCUCGAACAUCCUCCGGCGCACAUUUGGCACGUUCGCUUCCGGUCAGGGCUUCCUGGCGGGCGCGAACAUCCUCGACAUCGCCAAGUGCGGGAUCACUGCGGGGCUGCUCACGGAGAACUCAAGCUGGCUCGAAGACGCGUAUGGACACGUCCACGACGAGGUCGUCGUCCACGACGCGAGGGGCUCGGACGGAAUCCGUCCCGACGGCAGCUUCGGCCAGCACACUGGCAUCAUCUACAACGGCAACUACGGCAAGGACUACUCGAACGACGUCAUCGCGCUCGAGAUUAUCGCCGCAGGGACCGAGUUCGCGGCCAGUGGUGGCAGCAGGAGCGCGUUUGAGACGCUCAUGGACGGCAGCCUGUGGAUGAUCUACAAAAACGUCAGGACUGGUACGCUCCACUGGGACUUCAGUGUCACUGGUCGUAUGAUCACUUUCGCCGUUGCUGAUGAGCAGGCGACGUCGAGCAUUUUGAUCAACACGACACUUCUUGGAGAGCUCGGGCAGCUCUGGGAUUCGGACAUCAUCAGCUCUGCUGCCAUCCAGCUCACUUCGGAUACUGACGACGCAAACGUCGGAUUUGUGAAGGGUAACCGCAUGUUCUACAACAACGAUUACAUGGUCCACCGCGGUGAUGCUUACGUUUCGACGCUGCGCAUGUUCUCCUCCCGGACCGCCAACACGGAGUGUACCAACAACCAAAAUGUAGGCUCUUCCGUGAUCCCUUCACAGGACCUGCUGACACACGAACAGCCCUUCGGCUUCCACCUGGCCGACGGCGUGGUUUACACCUACCUUGAGGGAGACGAGUACGAGGACAUCGCCAGCAUGUGGGAUUGGAACUUGAUUCCUGGGAUCACCACCGAUUACAACAACACUCCCCUCGACUGUGAGAAAACCAGGGCGUCCGGCAAAGAAGCGUUCGUUGGUGGCGCAUCGGACGGUACGAUCGGCGCCGCCGCGAUGCGCUACACGAACCCGCUCACCGGCGCACUCUCGUUCCAAAAAGCCUGGUUUUUCCUCGACGACGACGUCCAGCACGUCAUGGUCUCCAGCCUCACCUCCACGUCCUCCGCGCCCGUCAUCUCUGUCCUGGACCAGAAGCGCCACUCUGGCCCCGUCCUCCUCAACGGCCUCCCGCUUCCCUCUGGCGGCAACUUCAGCGACUCCCUCACGCUCUGGCACGACGGCGUCGGGUACGCCUUCCCGAGCGGGACCGACGUCUCCGUCUACUGGGGCACGCGCACCGGCGACUGGGGCGCCAUCGGCGCCUCCGCGUCGGGCGUGCAGUCCGCGGACCUCUUCUCCGCGUGGAUCGUGCACGGCGCCGCGACCACGCCCAGCACCGCCCACUACUCGGCCUUCCCCGCGACGGCGGAGUCGGGCGGGUUCCUCGCCAAGGCGGCGAAGACGGCGGCCACGCUCGUGACGGUGCGCAACGACGGGAGCGUGAGCGCGGUGUACGAUUCCGCGCACCGCGUCGCCGCGGCGGUCUUUUGGGACGCGCGGGCGGGCGGGAACGCGACGUUCGCGCCACCCGGGCCCCUGGCGGCGUGCGGGGCGGUGACCGUGUCCGCGUCGACGAGCGCUAUCGUGAUCUACAGGCUCGAUGAGGGCGAGAUCACGGUUGCAGACCCCACGCAGGCCCUCUCGAACGUGGAUGUAACGCUCGAAGUGGACGGGGUGGGCACGGCGCCGGUUGGGUUUGACGGCAGGACAAGGGUGACGGUGAGCGUCCCGCUGCCGUCGGGGGGCGCGGCGGGGAAGAGCGUCACGGUGUCUUUGAGCUCGAGCUGA